AUGAAUGUGUCCAGCAGAGAAAUCAACAUCUCUGUUAGCUACUUUAUUCUACUGGGAUUUCCUUCCAGCCCAGAAAUGCAGCUCCUCUACUUUGGUCUCUUCUCAGUAACCUAUGCCCUAACCCUGAUGGGGAAUGGAGCUAUUGCCUGUGCUGUGAGGUGGGACCGACGCCUUCACACACCUAUGUACAUCCUCUUGGGAAAUUUCUCUCUCCUGGAAAUAUGUUAUGUCACCACAACUGUCCCUAACAUGCUGGUCAACUUUCUAUCUACCAGCAAGUCUAUCUCUUUUGUGAACUGUUUUGCACAGUUCUACUUCUUUUUCUCAUUUGGGUGUGAUGAAGGUUUCUACCUCUGCAUCAUGGCUUUUGAUAGGUACCUUGCCAUCUGCCGCCCUCUACAUUACCCGCGUAUCAUGACUAAACAGCUGUACACCGGUCUUGUCAUCUUUGGAUGGUCAUGUGGUUUCAUCCUUUAUCUAAUUCCAGUUUUUCUCAUAGCACAGUUAUCCUUUUGUGGCCCAAAUACCAUCAACCAUUUCAUGUGUGAUCCUGUCCCCUUGAUGACGUUAUCUUGUUCUGAAGAUAAUAUAACUCAGCGUAUUUAUUCAACUUUCAAUGUUAUUUUCAUAACUGGUACCUUUCUCUUUGUUCUGUGUUCCUAUGCUCUAGUGAUUCUAUCUGUAAUAAGAAUGCCCUCAGCAGCAAGCAAACGCAAGGCUUUCUCUACUUGUGCUUCUCAUCUGGCAGUGGUCAUCCUAUUUUUUGGCUCUGUUAUGGUGAUGUAUGUUAGUCCUGGGUCAGAACAUCCAGCGGAAGUGCAGAAAAUGGUGACCUUAUUUUAUUCCGUAAUAACACCACUCUGUAAUCCUCUGAUAUAUAGCCUCAGGAACAAAGAUAUGAAGGCUGCUCUAAAGAAAGUCUUUUGGUCUGAAACAAUUGUUCAUAAGACAUAA